UUUAUUGAGUUCAACAGUUUGAUUUUAGUAGCUCACGGAAGGUGAGCUCAUGUGGUACAACAUGCGUGUAUUAGCUCGAACAUCUUUGCUCUUCUGUCUAAUCCUCGCUGCUGCGAAUGGGCAGAAGAAGUUUCCCCCGGGGUUCAAAUUUGGUGUCGGAACGUCCGCGUACCAGAUCGAGGGAGCGUGGAAUGUGGACGGCAAGGGUGAAUCCAUCUGGGACCACCUGACGCACAACUACCCGGACAAGAUUGCCGAUCGCACCAACGGGGAUAUCGCGUGCGAUAGUUAUCAUAAUUGGCAACGGGAUGUCCAAAUGCUGAAAGAACUAGGAGUCAACAUGUACCGCUUCUCGAUUGCCUGGAGUCGAAUCAUGCCAACAGGGUUCAGCAACAACAUCAACCAGGCUGGCAUCGAUUACUACAACAAGCUGAUAAAUGAGUUGAUCAAGAAUAAUAUUGAGCCGAUGGUCACGUUGUACCACUGGGAUCUACCUCAGCGGCUGCAGGAAAUCGGAGGCUGGACUAACCGUGAAAUCGUGGACCACUUCAGGGAGUACGCGCGAGUGGCGUUCAAUGCUUUCGGAGAUCGCGUUAAAUGGUGGACCACAUUCAACGAACCACUGCAAACUUGCAUGUUCUCCUACGAGUAUGACUCGAUGGCCCCUGGGUACGACUUCCCUGGGGUUCCGUGCUACCAGUGCACUCAUAAUCUUCUCCUAUCGCACGCUGAAGCUGUAUCACUGUAUAGGCAACAAUAUCAACCAACUCAGAAUGGCAUUAUCGGUAUCACGGUAGAUUCUUCAUGGGCUGAACCACGCAGCGAAUCUGCUGACGAUCGUGAGGCGUCCGAACUUGCAAUGCAGUUCCAUAUUGGUUGGUACAUGCAUCCAAUCUUCUCCAAAACUGGAAACUACCCGCAAGUUAUGAUCAACCGGAUCAACGCCCUCAGUCAGCAGCAAGGAUUUGCCAGCUCGCGCUUGCCCGUAUUCACUCCCGCAGAAAUCGAAAAACUCAAGGGAUCAUCGGACUUUUUCGGCAUUAACACCUACACCACCUCUAUCGUAUACAAAAAUGACGCCCAAAAUUCCGGCAACUUCCGAAUCCCCUCCUUCGAUCACGACCGCAACACCAUCGGCUAUCAGGACCCAACCUGGCCGGGAUCCGGCUCGGGCUGGCUCAAAGUCUACCCCAAAGGAAUGCAUCAGCUGCUCAACUGGAUUCGCAACGAGUACGACAAUCCUCCGGUUUACGUAACGGAAAACGGUGUCAGUGAUCGCGGCGGUACCAAGGACGUUGCUCGCGUCAACUAUUACAACCAAUAUCUGGGCGCAGUUCUGGACGCCAUGGCGGAGGGAUCCGAUGUGCGAGGUUAUGUCGCGUGGAGUUUGAUGGACAACUUCGAGUGGAGAGCUGGGCUGACGGAGCGUUUCGGGCUGUUCUACGUGGACUACGAGGAUCCGACGCGGAAGCGGUCGGCGAAAACGUCGGCGAAGGUUCUGGCCAAGAUCAUCGAGACGAGGGAGAUCGACCUGGAGUAUUUGCCCGAGCCGGAGGUGUUCAUCCCGCAGCCAGGAGCAGCGAUGAGCGUGCUGGUGUCGAGAAUGCUGAUGAUUGUUUCUUUAGCUUUUGCUUUGUUUAAAACUUUAGUUUGAAAAAAUAUAAAGUUGUAUAGAUUGUAAAACCUUAUUAAAAAAAAGUCAUGAUUGUUAACAUAAAAACAAAUACGGUAGGGAGGUUAAAAUCCGGUUACACCCUGGAAUCAAAGAUUGACCCAUCACUAAGCUAAAUUCAAAAUUUGAGCUCGAUAUGACCACGAGGACCCGUCCCUGUAAGCCCUUGAAGUUUGUAUGGGGAAAAUCGUCAAAAUAUAUGGAGAAAAGUUACUGUUUC